GAUUAAUCUGUGACCAGCACCAAUAAAGCAGACUCGACGGCUCGCUGGCCCAAUUCCGCACCAUGGCCACACCCACGAGGUUAUUACCGACAACAAUAGCCAGCGCCCUCAAACGGCCAUCUUCCCGCAGACUAGGGCACCCACCCUCCCUUCGAGAACGCUUUCAGACCAACACUUCCCGACAUCUCUCCUCCUCCCCGUCCCACUACCUCCCCUCGAAGUCACCCUCGAAGUCACCCUCGAAAUCGCUUCCCUCCAAGUCGAAGUCGCCCCCUUCAAAGUCAAAAUCCCGAAAACCCCCCUCCAAAACCCAGCCCAAGCUUCGACCGCUCGCCGAAGCCUCCAACCCCGCCCUCUCCUACCUCCCCCCACCCUCGAACGACCCCAACCAGCGCGCACUGACAGCACCCACCCCACACCACGACACUCUUCAACAAGCGAGCCGUGUCUUCACCUCACAACCACCGCGAUUCCUCUACUCAGCCUCGCGAUUCCUGACCAUCCCCAUCAACACGCACACGCCCGAAGUCUGCCUGAUCGGGCGGUCCAACGUGGGCAAGUCGACGCUGAUCAACGCGCUGGCGGGGGCGGACGCCGAGACGGCGCGCAAGGCGCACGGCCUACGCGCGCGCGGCGCCGGCCUCGCCAUCACCAGCCGCACCGCCGGCUCCACCAAGAGCCUCAACGCGUACGGGUUCGGCCCGCCGACCAAGCAGCAGCGCCUGGCCGCGCUGCAGCGCGCCAAGGAGGCGAGGGAGGCCGAGGACGCGGUCGCGAGUAGAGGUGUCCGUCGGGCGGCGCGCGAUAAGAGGGAACCGCCGCCGCAGUAUCGGCUGAUCAUGGUGGAUAUGCCCGGGUAUGGCCUUGGGUCGGAGGCCGCGUGGGGUAAGGAGAUUGAGAAAUACCUUGCGCGGCGGGCCAUGUUGCGUGGGGCGGUGCUGCUGAUUGACGCGGUGGCGGGCAUCAAGGACGGCGACCGCAUGGUGCUGGAGACGCUGCGGGAUGCCGAGGUCAGGACGGCGGUCGUGUUGACCAAAGUUGAUAAGCUGCUGCGCGAAGACCAGCCGGAGCAGGCGCGUAGUCGUGUCGAGGAGGUGUGCUUGAGCGUGUGGGAUGAGUUGAGGAAGGUGGAGGCCGGGGGCAUGACGUGGUUGGAGGGGGCGGAGAAGGGGUGGCAGAACGAGGUCUGGGUGACGUCCGCGGGCGAUGCGGACACGGAUGGGAACGGCGUGGGUGUGGUUGGGGCGAGGUGGGCGAUCUGCCAGAUGGCUGGGCUGGUGGAGGAUAGCAGGACGUUGAAGAUCACACAGGCGCAGCCCGCCGUCCAAAAGAUUGUCACGUUUGACCAGAUCCAGAGGGCGGCAGCUUCGGAGGCAAGGACGGCAAGGAUGAGGCCCCAGCCAGUAUCAUUCUAGGCCGGCCCAAGGCGGGACAGGGUGUGUAACUACGUGUACGAUGU